CCGGGCUUCGGGGGCUGGAGCGGCCGCCGAGUAAGAGGUGGUGGUGCCGGCGGCCGGCUAGGGCAGGGUGCGGGCUUGGGGGCCAGGCACUGCGAAAGACAGGAGAAGUUGUCUUUUUUUCUAUUCCGCAGGGGCUGGUAGAGCCCGUGACUGAGCGGCAAGAUGAAUUUCCUCCGCGGGGUAAUGGGGGGUCAGAGUGCCGGACCCCAGCACACCGAAGCCGAGACGAUUCAAAAGCUCUGUGACCGAGUAGCUUCAUCUACUUUAUUGGACGAUCGAAGAAAUGCCGUGCGAGCUCUCAAGUCACUGUCUAAGAAAUAUCGAUUGGAAGUGGGUAUCCAAGCUAUGGAACAUCUUAUCCAUGUUUUACAAACAGAUCGUUCGGAUUCUGAAAUAAUUGGUUAUGCUUUGGACACACUAUAUAAUAUAAUAGCUAAUGAUGAAGAAGAAGAAGUAGAAGAAAAUUCCACAAGACAGAGUGAUGAUUUGGGAAGCCAGUUUACAGAAAUUUUCAUUAAGCAGCAAGAAAAUGUCACUCUCCUGCUAUCUUUAUUGGAGGAGUUUGAUUUCCAUGUCCGAUGGCCUGGUGUAAAGCUUCUUACUUCUCUUUUAAAACAACUAGGGCCUCAGGUGCAGCAGAUUAUUUUAGUCAGCCCCAUGGGUGUUUCAAGAUUAAUGGACUUAUUAGCAGAUUCCAGGGAAGUUAUACGUAAUGAUGGUGUCUUACUACUUCAGGCACUAACAAGAAGCAAUGGAGCAAUCCAGAAAAUUGUUGCAUUUGAAAAUGCUUUUGAGAGAUUACUAGACAUUAUUACAGAAGAGGGGAACAGUGAUGGAGGUAUAGUAGUGGAAGAUUGUUUGCUUUUGCUUCAAAACUUGUUAAAAAACAACAAUUCCAAUCAAAAUUUUUUUAAAGAAGGCUCAUAUAUUCAACGUAUGAAACCUUGGUUUGAAGUUGGAGAUGAAAAUUCUGGCUGGUCUGCACAGAAAGUGACUAAUUUGCAUCUCAUGCUACAGCUUGUUCGUGUACUGGUAUCUCCCACCAACCCUCCCGGUGCUACCAGUAGCUGCCAGAAGGCUAUGUUCCAGUGUCGGUUAUUGCAGCAGCUUUGCACUAUCCUUAUGGCUACUGGGGUUCCUGCUGAUAUCCUGACUGAGACCAUUAAUACUGUAUCAGAAGUUAUUCGGGGUUGCCUAGUAAACCAAGACUACUUUGCUUCUGUAAAUGCACCUUCAAACCCACCGAGACCAGCAAUUGUGGUACUUCUCAUGUCCAUGGUUAAUGAAAGGCAGCCGUUUGUAUUGCGUUGUGCCGUUCUCUAUUGUUUCCAGUGCUUCUUAUAUAAAAACCAAAAAGGACAAGGAGAAAUUGUGUCAACACUCCUGCCUUCCACCAUUGAUGCAACAGGAAAUUCAGUCUCAGCUGGUCAGUUAUUAUGUGGAGGUCUGUUUUCUACUGAUUCACUUUCAAACUGGUGUGCUGCUGUGGCCCUUGCCCAUGCUUUGCAAGAAAAUGCUAUCCAGAAAGAACAGUUGCUCAGGGUUCAACUUGCUACAAGUAUCGGCAACCCUCCAGUUUCUUUACUGCAACAGUGCACCAACAUCCUUUCACAGGGUGAUAAGAUCAACAGACGGGGAAGCAAAAUACAGACAAGAGUUGGAUUAUUAAUGUUGCUUUGUACCUGGUUAAGCAACUGCCCCAUCGCAGUAACGCAUUUUCUUCACAAUUCAGCCAAUGUUCCAUUUCUUACGGGACAAAUUGCAGAAAAUCUUGGAGAGGAAGAACAGUUAGUCCAAGGCUUAUGUGCACUUCUGUUGGGCAUUUCGAUUUACUUCAAUGAUAAUUCACUUGAGAGCUACAGGAAGGAGAAACUAAAACAACUUAUAGAGAAGAGGAUUGGCAAAGAGAAUUUCAUAGAGAAACUAGGAUUUAUUAGCAAACAUGAGUUGUAUUCCAGAGCAUCUCAGAAACCCCAGCCAAACUUUCCCAGUCCAGAAUACAUGAUAUUUGAUCAUGAGUUUACGAAGCUAGUAAAAGAACUUGAAGGUGUUAUAACUAAGGCUAUUUAUAAGUCCAGUGAAGAAGAUAAGAAAGAAGAAGAGGUGAAGAAAACAUUAGAACAGCAUGACAGUAUUGUGACUCACUAUAAAAAUAUGAUUCGCGAGCAGGACCUGCAGCUUGAGGAAUUAAAGCAGCAGGUUUCUACAUUAAAGUGUCAAAAUGAACAGCUGCAGACAGCAGUCACACAGCAAGUAUCUCAGAUUCAGCAACACAAGGAUCAGUAUAAUCUUCUUAAAGUACAGCUAGGAAAAGAUAGUCAGCAUCAAGGUUCUUACAGUGAUGGGGCUCAGAUGAAUGGCAUUCAGCCAGAAGACAUUGGUAGGUUACGAGAAGAGAUAGAAGAAUUAAAAGGGCAUCAGGAACUUUUACAAAGCCAACUGGCUGAAAAGGACUCUUUGAUUGAAAAUUUGAAAUCUUCUCAAACAUCACCGGGGGCAAAUGAACAGUCUUCAACAACGGCUUCAGCUGGAGAUUCUGAAGAAGUUGCAGAAUUAAAACAGGAACUGGCAACAUUAAAGUCUCAGUUAAACUCACAAUCUGUGGAGAUCACAAAACUACAGACAGAAAAGCAGGAGCUGUUACAGAAAACAGAAGCAUUUGCCAAAUCAGUUCCUGUAUCAGGAGAGAAUGAAACUGUAACAGCUGCAAAAACUACUGAUGUAGAAGGAAGACUGUCAGCGUUAUUACAGGAGACUAAAGAAUUAAAGAAUGAAAUUAAAGCUCUAUCUGAGGAAAGAACUGCUAUAAAAGAGCAGCUGGAUUCAUCUAACAGUACCAUCGCCAUUUUACAAAAUGAGAAAAACAAGCUACAGAUGGAAAUUACAGAUUCUAAAAAAGAACAAGAUGAUCUCUUGGUGCUGUUGGCUGAUCAAGAUCAGAAAAUAUUUUCAUUGAAGAAUAAACUCAAGGAAUUUGGUCAUCCAAUUGAAGAAGAAGAUGAACUGGAAUCUGGAGACCAAGCUGAUGAUGAUGAAGAUGAAGAUGAUGCGGAAGACCAGGAUCCUAUCUAACUCAGAUUUCUAGGAAUGAUAGAGAUUACGUUGUAACAUUGAAGACAGAGUCUUAAGACAAUGUUUUGGUCUGCCUGCUAAGAAAAUAAAGAUUCAGAAAGCCAAGUGGGAAGCUUUCACUAAUAAGAUUAUUGAUGUAUUUUUUUAAAUGAUGCCGCCCAUGUUGAAAAUCCUAAAACUGUAUGUGGAAAAUACAUCUUUUAUUUAAAUUCAUCAGAACUCUUCCAAAAUAUAAUUUGUAAAGAGCUUUAGACACCAAAAAUAAUUCAUUUUUAAGCACGUGGUGGCAAUGCUAUUUGCCUUAGUUUAUUGGUUGUUUACAUAAAUUCUGUAUUUGUCUAUUAUUUUCACUUUUCAGAAUAUGUGACUUUUAAGUACUAACCUAUUUGAUUUAAUGUGUAUUGAAUUGGAAUCAUUGUUCUAAAUUCAGCAGUAGAGCUCUUAGCUGAUUUUUUUUUUUUUUUUAAGAAAUGGGUUUACUUAAAGGCAAGAGAGCAGAGGUUGGAGAUAAUGUCUGUCAUCAACCUUCCAUCAGAUGUGACUCCUAAAAUGACCAGGGUAGGACAGCUUAGGAUGAGUGCCUUGACACCUCCGGCGUGGCUGCAUUCUGUACCUCAGUGAAGAAACAAGGAUACUGACACAAUGAAACGGAGGACGUUUCUGAGAACCUUUUGCAACAGAGUAUUAGCAUGUGUUUGGUUUUGUUUUUAUUUUAAGCUGAACAUCUAGAAAAAUUGCAAGUUAAUAGCUCGUACAAUUCAGAUUUAGCAUUGUUGUUAAAACAUAGUUUUAAAAAGACCCCCACACUAGGAGUUAUAUAAUUUAUUGGCAUUUUUGCUAAAUGGGUUUAAGUCAGGUAAUAGAUUUUUAAAAAACAAAUGAAGCAGUGUGUCAAAAUUCAGUGUUUUGGUAAUAAAAAUAGAUAUUACGUUCACUUAA